GACAUAAUCCCAACAACCUGAAACUCAAAAAAUGACAACCUUAAACAUAGCCUUUAUCCUCCUGGCACUGUUAAUCGGCGCUUCCACCAUUCCCGGCGGCGCAGCGGUCGAGUACAUCGUGACCAACAACGCCGCGACCACGCCGGGCGGCGCCCGGUUCAACACCGACAUCGGCGACGACUACAGCCGCCGAACCAUGGAAGCCGCAACCAACUUCAUCUGGGACAUCUUCCAGCAGACCGACCCGGCGGACAGGAAGAACGUCGAAAAAGUCAACCUUUUCAUUGACGACGAUGCCCUGAAGCCGUUCAUCGCCUACGCCAUGGACAAUGAAAUCCACGCCGGCGCCAGCUACAUAAACGGCAUCUCCGGCGACGUCCGGCGGGAUUUCGACGGCGUCAUGUACCACGAGAUGACGCACAUUUGGCAGUGGAGCGGCCCCUUAUGGGUGAUCGAGGGAAUAGCCGAUUUCGUGCGGCUCAAAGCCGACUACGCGCCGAGCCACUGGGUGGGCCCCGGGGGCGGCGAGAAGUGGAACAUGGGGUACGACGUGACGGCGAGAUUCCUCGACUACUGUAAUGACCUCAAGAGCGGCUUCGUGGCUGAGCUGAACUUGAAGAUGAGGAACGGCUACAGUGACAGCUUCUUCCAGGACAUUCUUGGAAAGCCGGUCGAUGUUCUAUGGUCGGAUUACAAAGCUAAAUACAACACUCCUUAGAUUGCCCGACCCGACCCGACCCACUCAGUUUAAUAAUAAUAACAAUAAUAAUAACUGCCGUGUUUCCUUUUUAAUUUUUAUCUUGUUUCUUACUAUUCAAACAUUCUCUAAAAUAAAAAGACUCAUGUCCUAGAUGUUUACAUCACUUCCGUUAAAACACGAAAAUUAAAAAAUAAUAGUUAUUUAUGUAUUUUA